GCUGCGCGUCCGUCGUUACAAGAUGGCGGCAGCGUGGAAAUGUCGUGAUAGGAACAGUUCAUUUUUACACCAGUUGUCGUUGCAUGGCGACAAAUAUUGUUCUUCUAUUCAUACAAGGAUGCUCAUCGCUGCGUAUGACGAUUAUCUUGUCGCCUGGAGCCACCACCAGCAACGAUUGUUUGCUGUCAGCGCAAAAACAUUUUCAAGUACAGUUGAACCGGAUAAUUGCCUGGAGUUGCUGCUUUCCAACCCGCCUAUAUUCGAUGUUGACAACGUUCUCGUCAGUUGUACCAAGCACUUGCUGCUCACCGGGCCGCGGGGCAUAACCGUUGUAGUGCUACCGAAAACGCCAGCCACUCUGGUGAAAGAGAAAAAGACUUCAUGCAGGUCGUGGACACUUGGUGAACAUUUCUUCCUGUGCCACAAGUCUAUUUCUCUCGUCGACGUCGCCUGGCACCCCGACAGCGAGUCUGGCCUCCAUGUCCUCACUCUUACAAGUGAUAACAAUUUGAGGCUUUAUGACAUCGCAGAGCCACAGUCUGCUCAGCUGGUGCUACCAGUUGGUGUUAAUCAUGGCAUCACUGGUACACUCAGUGCCUCUGUUGGAGAUGCUGCAGUCAGCUUUGACUUUGGGGACCUCUCCACUGAAGGAAAAGCUCGGCAAGUCUUUGUACUUAUGGGAAGUGGAGACAUCUACCUGACUCACGUUUCGCCGCAGGAUGACAAUAGGUCACACCUGCGGCCUGUGUUCGGCCCACUGAGCAUGCAGCCCCAAGCAGAGGACAACUAUGGCGUUGAUGGCUAUUCCCUCAUCUGCCUGCGAGCUGCUGUCCCAAUGUUAGCCAUUGCCACUACCGGGGGCACACUUUACCACUGCCUUGCUCUUGGAACACAAGAUUUUUCACAUGGCACAAGGGAAGAGUGCGAGGAGGUUUCAUUGUACGUGUUUGAAAAAAUUAGGCUGGACUUAACCUUUUCACCGUCUACUGCCGAAGAGGAAAUCUUUACUUGCCCAAUUCGACUUCACAAAGACUCCACCAACCAUCAACGAUACAUCUGUGUUCACAAUGCUGGUGUGCAUGCCGUGGCUGUGCCCUUCAUUGACCAUCUGCAAGCAUUCGCUGAAGAUGACACAGCCAUGCAGAUGGUGUCACAGCUGCACACUGAAACAUCCAUAGUAGAGAGCCUGUUGUGCACUCGUGCCUUGGCCAGCAGCAAGCCUGCACCUCCUAUUGGGGUAGCUGUGGUACCGGGACACCCAGGACCACUACUGAUUGUUCUUACGGCGGCCUGGAAGCUGGUCACCAUAACGCUUAUGCAGGGUUACCAGAGUUACUUGCCAGCCCUGCUGUCCCAGAGCCAACAAAACACACCGCUGACAAGCAAGCAGGGUGCCAGCAGCAGUCUGGUGGCUCACGUGCAACAGCUGUUGGAUGGUCACAGCCUCCCUACACUCGCGCAAGCGGCUGAGGAUUGCACACCUCAGCAGAGCCUCGAGCUCCUACUGACUGCCACACAGCGCAUCCGUGAGCAGUGGAUCCAGAAGCUUGAGGCUUGCCAGCUACUCAUUGCACGGAGAGUUCAGGCUGCUCACGAUCAAAGGGAUCUGCAGCUGGAGAAGUUGAGUGCUCUGCUUGAAGAACUGGGAGUACUUCAGCAACGUGACAAAACGCUGAGAACCAGAUAUGAAGCCCUGUACUCCACACAGCAGAAGCUUGUGAAAAGGGUUGAAGAUGUGUUGCAUCAGCUGCAGCGUCAGGUGCCUGUGCUCUCUACAGCCGAGCAAGCAAUGACAGAGGAGUUGAAGACCAUCCAAGAACAGCUCAAAAUGUUUAAGGAGUCACUGGAGCAGGCUCAAGCCAAGCAGAAAUACCAAGAGCAGAGCAACAGGGAUCAGGAGACUAACAGAAUUGCUGGCCGAUAUCAGACGAGGAACCUGACGGCGAACCAAGUACAGCAAAUUCGCAAGGCCCUCAAGCAGGAGGGUGACAUUAUAGCUGAGCUGGUGCAGCGGCUCUCAGCAUUGAUGGACUAGCGGCAUUCAUCCCUUGUACAUAUGCAUUGUAUGUUAAUAAAAUCUCCUUUUCAAUGUAUUUUACAAUAUAAAUGAGCAAUGCAAGCUUAA